CGAUAGUUGGUAUUUUUACCAGCCCUCAAACGGGCACACUGGUUGGCGGCAUCGUCAAGAAUUUAACAUAAAUAAACUUAAAUACGGUGGAAAACAUGCAGCACGAGCCCGAGGAACAGACUUUCCAACUCCAGGCCCUAGAGAUACGCGAACCAGAUGACAGCUUCGAUCCCAACAAGCCGCCAGAGUCCGGAGAGGAGUACCUAAUGCACAUGUUGUACGAGAGGAAGCGAUGUCCAGCGGUGGUGACCAAAAGAUCCGCCAAGAUCAGGGAUAAUGCGGGGAGCAACUCUUUUGAGAUGCUGGAUAAUCCCGCUCUGCCGCCUUUUAAGUGCCUGCUGCCCACGCCCGAAUGGCGGGCCGAACAGGUGAAAUCCUUCCUAGCAGCCCGCUCCCAGGUGCUAGUUCUGCGCAUGGAGCUGGUCAGCCUCAACUACGACCAGUCCGCGGAACCUCCUUUGACCUCGGACCAGGAAAAGUGGCAGGAGUUCUGCCGGAACCAACAGCCCCUCCUAAGCACCCUUCUCCACCUGUCCCAAAGCGAUCUGGAGCAGCUGCUGGAAAGGCUCAGCAAGUGGCUGCAGGAGCCCGACUCAUCGGUGGACCUUCUCCAGGACGUCUGGCUGGCCCGGUGGCUAUAUGCCACCUUGGUCUGCCUGCAUCUUCCCCUGGAACCGCAUGUGUUCAGCACCCUUCGCUACAUUGCCCGAUCCUGCAUCCAUUUGAGGAAUCAAUUGAAAGCGGAGGAAGUGCAGCGGGCAGCGCCCUACAACCUACUACUAACCCUCAUUGUUCAGGUCUUUGCACAGAGUGACUUUAAGGAUUACAUUUAAGGGUAAGCCGAGAAGCAAGCUUGUUAUUUAUGGUUAAAUCAUAUUUUCAAUUUUAUCUUUAUCAUUUCCUUCCCACAAAAAUUCUGAAGUACGACAUUAAUUUGUGUCAUUAAAUUAAUCUAAAAAUGAAAUACAAACUUAUAAGUUUACAUUUCUGUAUUACCCAAAAUCAACUUACAUUGUUUGUGAGUAAUUGAGCAAUAAACUCUAUAAAUGUUUCAUAUGUCGCAUAAAAACAUACCGUA